UGGACCAUCAGACGCGGACCCCCACCCUUGUCCUCAUCCCCUCCCUCCACUAAUAUUUCUUCAACAUUAUGACACCGUCCGAUCCGCGACUCCAAAGUCAAAGUCCCUAUUGUGGAUUUUCCUAUCCACGGCGAUGGCGUCCACUCCCUCUGGUUCUGCUCUGACUGCCGUUCUCCGAUGUCGAAGGAAUGUGUGGGCCAGGAAUAAGCCGAGCAAGCGGCCUCCUCCAGCGGGCUACAGCCUGGGACUGGCCGGUGUGCUGGCGCAGGAGGCUCCGGCUGAGCGGGGUCGGGGAGCGCGAAUCGUGGUGAGGGCAAGGCUGGCAGUCAACAAUCCGUCACACGAACUGAAAGGAAAUAUGCAGACGAGGGCCAGGUUGAAGGAUUGCUUCUCCAAACUUCGAGGUCCUGACCCAGAAGAGCCAGUUGGCGGGGAUUUUCUGCGUCAUCUGGCGCGAAAAGUGAUAUCAAGUUUCCGUGGAGCCGAUCGUCACCCUUCUAUCGUCAUUACACAUGUAUGUCCCGCACAAGUAUAUCAAAUAGUACUUGUUCAGGAAAUCACGGAACAGUUUGGGGAGUCCAGGUGUUCUGGAUCAAGUAUCGUGUCCAGAGGCUGGUCCACGCUGAGGGACACCUGUUUGUCUCUGACGACCAUGCUUUCUGACGUCAUGUUUCGCAAGCUCGCAGGGCUUUGUUUGCCCAGCAGAUGGCGCCGUCACACCUCUCAACGACACAGGGGGGACGACAACCGCUAACACAAACAGGUGAACAAGCUCACAUGGACCUAAACCGCCCUAAGAACUAACAAGGACAGAAGACCAGAGCGGAAACAUCGGAUUGAGUCCAAACACAACAGUGUUACGAGAUUAUUUAUUGACUUAAACUUUGCAAUAAGCGUUGGACUUUGAGCACCAUGAUAUUGGAGACUGAAGAUCCGUUUGUGUCUGAAUAAAAAUAACCGACCUGCGCAAACAUGUCCAACUUGGCUAACACUUGCAAAAAUGGUCGCUGGUUCCAGAUACUCAGAAGUCUUCAGAUCAAGUUCAACCAAAGCUCCGGACCAUUUCAGCUGUUCUUUUUUUCCCCCACAUUCCAAAGUAAGCCAGGCAUUUCUGGAAAUGCAGGUCAAACGUUGUUCUAGACACUUUCACUGACAUGUCAUUAUGAACGAACCCGCCUUAACAAAUUUGUCUAGUCGAAACGAACUUUGUCUAAAUAUAGCAGAAUAAACAUGUGGGUUUCACUUCAGAGCUAAGAUACUGCACGCGUAUCUUCAAACAGAAUGAAAUGCACAAAUCAUGAAACUGUCAACUACUACAUAAAAGGUCGAUCUGGUAAUAUUAUUUGGUGGUUGGUGGUUUAAACCAUCUGUCUGUCUGCACUCAGUCUGAAAAAAAGAAUUCCUUUUAUUGUUUUUGUCACGUAAGCGACAGAACUCCAUGAUGAAUGAUCCUAAAUACCAGGAUGCAAUUCACGA